AUGGCGCUCCGGGUUACCAGGAACACGAAAAUCAGUGCUGAAAAUAAGACCAAGAUCCCCAUGGCGGGCGCCAAGCGGGUGCCCCUGGCCGGGGCCGGGGCCUCCAAACCCCUGCUUAGGCCGCGAACGGCGCUGGGAGACAUCGGGAACAAAGUCGGCGAACAGCCCCUGGCCAAGAUGCCCCUGAAAAAGGAAGCCAAAACUUUAGCAGCUGGAAAAGUUAUUCCCAAAAAGCUGCCCAAAACUCUGGAAAAGGAAACCGUGCUGGAGCCGGAGCCGCAACCAGAACCAGAGCCCAAGCUGGAGCCACAGCCGCAACUGGAGCCGGAGCCUGUUAAGGAAGAAAAGCUUUCGCCGGAGCCUAUUUUGGUUGACACUCCCUCUCCGAGUCCAAUGGAAACAUCUGGAUGUGCCCCUGCAGAAGAGUAUCUGUGUCAGGCUUUCUCAGAUGUGAUACUUGCAGUCAGUGAUGUGGAUGCAGAAGAUGGAGCUGAUCCAAACCUUUGUAGUGAAUAUGUGAAAGACAUCUAUGCUUACUUGAGACAUCUGGAGGAAGAGCAAGCAAUUAAGCCCAAAUACCUCUUUGGUCGAGAAGUCACUGGAAACAUGAGAGCCAUUCUAAUUGACUGGCUAGUCCAAGUUCAGAUGAAGUUCCGAUUGUUGCAGGAGACUAUGUAUAUGACUGUUUCCAUUAUUGAUCGGUUUAUGCAGAAUAACUGUGUGCCCAAGAAGAUGCUGCAGCUGGUUGGCGUUACUGCCAUGUUUAUUGCAAGCAAAUAUGAAGAAAUGUACCCUCCAGAAAUUGGCGAUUUUACCUUUGUGACUGACAAUACUUACUCCAAACACCAAAUAAGACAGAUGGAAAUGAAGAUUCUAACAGCUUUAAAUUUUGGUUUAGGUCGCCCUCUGCCUCUACACUUUCUUCGAAGAGCAUCUAAGAUUGGAGAGGUUGAUGUUGAGCAACAUACUUUGGCCAAAUACCUGAUGGAACUAACUAUGCUGGACUAUGAAAUGGUGCACUUUCCUCCAUCUCAAAUUGCUGCUGGGGCUUUUUGCUUAGCCCUGAAAAUUCUCGAUAAUGGUGAAUGGACACCAACACUACAACAUUAUAUGUCAUACACCGAAGAAUCCCUUCUUGUUGUUAUGCAGCAUCUGGCUAAGAAUCUGAUGGUAGUAAACAGUGGCCUUACAAAGCACAUGACUAUCAAGAAUAAAUAUGCCACAUCCAAGCACGCUAAGAUCAGCACUCUGGCACAGCUGAAUUCAGCAAUAGUUCAAGAUUUAGCCAAGGCUGUGAUGAAAGUGUAACUUGUGAACAUGGAAUA